AUGUCCGUCACUACGACUGCCACCACGACGGCCGCAGCGCCCUCUACUGUCUUGAGCACCACCCAGGUCAGCCAGCCAUCAAGUGAGCCGAAGCGUUGUCACUACAUUCCCUGGCCGGAAACUAUUAAGGAACGGCAAAAAUGGCAACUCGAGCAAAUGGCCGGCGCAUUCCGCGUGUUCGCAAAGCUAGGCUAUGCUGACGGUGGCAGCGGUCACAUCAGCUUAAGAGAUCCGGUUCAGCCAGAUACAUUCUGGAUAAAUCCUUAUGGGGUCCAUUUUGGACUCCUCAAAGUGUCCGACAUGGUUCAGGUCGACGCGCAGGGCAAUCGCAUUGGAGGUGCGAAUGCAGCCGUGAAUAAGGCGGGCUUCAUCAUUCAUAGUGCUAUUCACGAAGCAAGACCAGACAUCAACGCCGCAUGCCAUCUCCAUAGUCCUUACGGAAGGGCUUGGAGUACGUUUGGCCGCCCUAUCGACAUGCUGAACCAAGACAGCUGCAUGUUCUACAGCGACCUUUCGGUUUAUACGUCGUUCGGCGGUGUCGUAUUUGCUCCAGAGGAGGGCAAGAAAAUUGCUGCAGCAAUGGGCUCUCGCAACAAGAAUGUCAUUCUACAGAAUCACGGCAUCCUUACUUGUGGGGGCACGGUUGCAGAAGCGGCCGCGUUCUUCAUUGCCUUGGAGCGCGCAUGCCAGACGCAAUUGUUGAUUGAGUCCUGCGUGGCUCCAGGGACAGAGGGUGCCCUAGCUGGACUAACAAAGACUUUUGUGUCUGAUGAGGAGGCUGCUUAUACAAAGGCAGGUACGGGGACUCCGGAAGUCAUGUAUAUGCAAUUUGAUCCGGAGUAUAAGAUGGUUCUCAAAGAGAGCCAGGGAGACUUCUUACAAUAG